AUGGACCUUCCAGUUGAGAUGAUACUGGCGGACUUUUCCUCGCCGGAGGGAUGGUAUAUUGACCCUCACACCGGUAUCUGUACAUAUGUAGGGAUGUCGACGUUCUGGUAUCGCCAUCCCGAUAGCCCUGUACCUGGUUACCCAGUUUCUUUUCCUCGGAUGUUCAGUUUCAUCAUGCCCCCACACUUCCUAGCUCAGGAGAUCUUGGAGGAGCCUCCGCUACCACCUAUGCCGAACUUCGCCGCUCCUUUGGCAGCUGUACCACCACCACGGGAGCCUCAGCCUGACAUGCCCGUGGAGAAUGGGCAUGUGAAGGAGUUGCAUUUCAGGAAAAUGGAUAACGACAUGGCGGAAGCUUUACGCCAACUGACUAAUUUCUUAGCUAAUCAGGCUGCCAGAGCCGAACAACAGAAUCAACCAGCAGAGGAUGAUGUAUACAAAGGAAUUGACAAAUUCCUUAAGCGAAAUCCACCUCUAUUUGAUGGAGGUUAUGACCCUGAAGGCGCCAACCGCUGGCUUCGUAAAAUUGAACAGAUCUAUGAGUCCUUGCCUACAAGUGAGGACCGGAUGAUAGCUUAUGCUUCUUACUUGUUUCACGAAGAAGCUAGGAACUGGUGGGUACACGCCAAAAGCAGAAUCACUCCACCUGAUGGAGUCUUGACUUGGAGCAUCUUCAAGGAGGCAUUCCUUGAAAAAUACUUUCCUGCUGAUGUAAAAGGCAAAAAGGAGACCGAGUUCUUGGAGCUCAAACAAGGAGAGAUGUUUGUGGGACAAUAUGCGGCUCGCUUUGAAGAAUUGAGUCAAUUUCAUCCUUACUAUGGUACAACAGCUGACGACGCCUCCAAAUGCAUUCGUUUUGAGUGCGGUUUGAGGCCUGACAUCAGGGCAGCAAUAGGACAUCAGCAAAUCCGCACUUUUACUGUGCUGGUGGAAAAAUGCAGGAUAUUUGAAGAAAAUGAUCGAGCUCGGAGGGAGUACUACAAAAGCUCAAAAUUCAACAAGACUUCUAAGAGGAGAGAAGAACGAAAGAAGCCUUAUUCACCUAGGAACUACAAACCGGAACUUCAAAACAGGAACUAUGGUGGUGCAAGACCAACAAAUCCUAACAGCCAUGUGACUUGUUAUCGGUGUGGAAAGGAAGGACACAAAUCUUGGAGUUGUACUGCAACAACUACAUCAGGACAGACUAACUUGAAGCCACCCGUUGUUGGAGGUACCAACACCACUUCUGCACCAAGAAACUCAGCUGGAGCAAGUGCUCAGAAACCUGGGAGACCCGUGAACAAGGGUAAAGUUUUUGCAAUGACCGGCGCAGAGGCCAAUACUUCUGAAGAUUUGAUACAGGGUACGUGUUUCCUCUGCGACAUCUCUUUAGUAGUUUUGUACGAUUCAGGUGCGACACAUUCCUUCAUAUCACAUGAGCGGGCUAAGUCGCUAAAAUUGGUUAUAACACAAUUACCUUAUGACUUAGUAGUAACCACUCCUACCAAGGAAUCCGCAGUCACGUCUUCUGUCUAG